AUGGCAGCUAAUGAACGGGGGGAAACCCCCACACCCCCUUUCAACAGUUCCCCCUCCUCGGAGCCGCAGCAAGAGGACCUACAGCAGCAGCAGCAGCAGCCGCAGCAGCAGCAGCAGCAGCAGCAGCCUAGGCACCACCGGCAGCCCAGGCAGACGCAGCACUACCACCGAACAUAUCGCCAUCGGGGGCCUUGGACAGAGGAGCAGCAGCAGCAGGACUACCAGCAGCAGCAGACAUGGCAGCAGCAGCAGCAGCAGCAGCAGCAGCAGCAUGACCAGCAGCAACAGCAGCGUACACCACGCCAGCGGCGGCGCUGGGGAGAUGAGCAGCAGCAGCAGCACAGGCAGUACCAAUGGCAGCAGCAGCAGCAAUAUCAGCAGCAGCAGCAAUGGCAACAGCAGCAGCAGCACGGGCAGCAGCAGCAGCAGAGAUAUAACUACUCGCGGCAGCAUCAGCAAGACAGAGAGAGGAGGCAUCAGCAGCAUUGGCAGCACCAGCAGCAGCAGCAGCGGCAGCACCAGCAGCGUCGUCAGCAGCAGCAAUACAUGGAGCAGCAGCAGCAGCAGCAGCUACAGCUUCAGCAGCAGCAACUUCAGCUGCAGCAGGAGCAGCUACGGCAGCAGCAGGAGCAGCUGCAGCAGCAGCUGCAGCAGCAGCAGCAAGCCGUCCCCGAUAGUCUAAGAGAUAUUGUUCUUAAUAGAAGUAGACAAAACAGAGGUCGUGCUGUACAUGAGGACUUCGUCCAAGUGGAGCUGCUGCCUCCUGAGGAGUGGGUGCCUCUAAGUAACGCCGAGGAAGAAGUCGUCGUUUCUCCUGAUGGGGAAGAAAUAACUAGGCCAGCAGAGGUAGGUCUGCGUCGAGCAGGACGAGUAGUGUCUGUAGCAUUAGAGUUUUUGACGGAGAGAAGGAAAGCUGAAUUGCUGCUGGCAUUAAGACAAGGAGCAGAGUCUGCGCAGCAGCAGAAGAAGCAGCAGCAGCAGCAGCAGCAGAAACAGCAGCAGCAGCAACAACAGCAGCAGCAGCGGGAAGAGGAGGAGCACGAACAAGAGAAUGACGAGAAUUAUAAGAGAGAUAUGCAGCAAGAGGAAGAGCAGCAGGAACAGCAGCAGCAGCAGCAGCAGCAGCAGCAGCAGGAGCAGCAGGACAAAGAUCCGCAGCAAGAGCUGCUAACGGAAGAAGAACAGCAACAGCAACAGCAGCAGCAGCAGCAAGACAAGCAGCAGCAAGGCAAGCAGCAGCAGCAGCAGCAGCAAAUGGUGGAGGAACAAGAGGAGAGAGCAGCAAAGAUCUUAGAUAAUCUUCGUGCUAAUAGACAAUUUCCAUCUGUGGAUAACUUCGUUAGGGCGGAGCCAAUAGGGUUUAGGGUUUAG